AUGCAAAGCAUUCGCGGGCUACAACAAGAUGCAGAGGUCCUUUUGAAGGACUCCCUGAAAUAUCUGGGAGUCAUCAUUGACAGCCGCUUCACCUUCGAGCAACACUUCGUCAAGGUGGGCGAGAAGGCCAGGAAGACCGUUGGUAAACUAUCUGGGAUCUUACCAAAUGUAGAAGGCCCGAACUCGUUAGUAAGACGCCUGCACGCUUCUGUAAUUGAUUCUAUAACGCUGUACGCGGCACCUGUAUGGAUCGAUAAGGUGGAAAAAAAUAAAAAGAUCCAGAGAGCCCUGAACCAGCUACAAAGAAGGAUCGCGUGUCGUAUAAUUCGAGGUUAUCGUACGAUCUGUUACGUCACUUUCACGCUUUUAGCGGGCACUGUUCCUUUAAUUAUGAAGGCCCGCAUGUAUGCGAAGGUGUAUGAUGAGAUCAAGGAGGUAAAAGCUGGUGGCAACACCCACAUAGAUACCAGAGUCACGAAGCGAAUUCGAAUACGUGCCAAGGCAAGAAUGUUUAGGAAAUGGUACGAAUGGAUUCACACACCUGGCAACAGCGGUGGUGAAGUAGGAAUGGCUAUUCGCCCAACACUGACGAUCUGGAGCGAGAAGAAGGUAGCUAUGUCGUACCACCUUACACAGAUCCUGACAGGACACGGCUGUUUCGGCCAAUAUCUGUGCCACAUACAAAAGGAAAGUACGAAGAGAUGCUGGCACUGCCCCUCAGCCUUGAACACUGCCACGCACACUAUAGUCGAAUGCUCUGCUUGGACGAGAGAGAGAGCGGAACUUCGGGGCGUGAUUGGUAACGACUUAUCAUACCCCGCUCUGAUCACCGCACUUCUCAGCGACAAAGCGAAGAAGGAAGCCGUCUUCCGAUUUAGCGACCAGGUGAUGUCCAUCAAGGAAGAGGCGGAGAGAGCGAGACAAGGAAUUGUUCUCACUCCAGAUGGCACCAAUGCACAACCGGGCCCAAGCUCAGAUGUGGCAGGCGACGGUAGACAAGACGGAGUCAAUGUCUCUUACAUCGACAGCGACUCAGACUCAUGA